CGAUAUGUUUAUUUCACGCGCGGUAAAUAUGUUUCAAUUCAGAAUUUUAUUGGGAAGGUGAAUUUAUAUUAAAAGCAAUCAUCACUGAUUAUCAUCUCCCGAAACAGUUGAGCAUCGACCCGACCGAAAAUGGCGGACAGCGAUGGAGAUGAGUCUAAUUCUCCUCCACAUACGCCUGAAAAUGGAUCUGAGUUGUACGGUCCGAGAGUUGUUGUCAUCACCAAGUCUGAAACAGGGUUUGGUUUCAAUGUCAGAGGCCAGGUCAGCGAGGGAGGUCAGCUGAGAAGCAUAAAUGGAGAACUCUACGCACCUUUACAGCACGUUAGUGCUGUGUUGGAGGGCGGUGCUGCACAGAAAGCGGGAAUCAGAAAAGGAGACCGAAUUCUCGAAGUAAAUGAUGCUAAUGUGGAGGGUGCCACACACAAGCAGGUUGUGGAUCUUAUCAAGUCCGGUGGCGAUACAUUACACCUUACAGUGAUAUCUGUUACUCGGAAGGAAGCAGAGCGACUGGAACCCAGCGAUGAGUCGUCGGGCUACUCCUAUAUAGACUACAGUGAGAAGCGCUCACUGCCCAUCUCUGUACCAGAUUACCAGCACAUCACUGAGAAAAAUGGGGACAAGUAUGUGGUGUUCAACAUAUACAUGGCUGGCCGACAUCUAUGCUCAAGGCGCUAUCGUGAAUUUGCCAACCUGCAUGCAACGCUGAAGCGUGAGUUUGUGGAUUUCAACUUUCCGAAGCUUCCCGGCAAAUGGCCGUUCUCUCUGUCAGAGCAACAGCUGGACACGCGGCGGCGAGGGCUGGAGCAGUACCUGGAGAAAGUGUGCGCUGUGCGAGUGAUAGCAGAGAGUGACAUUAUGCAGGAGUUUCUGACGGAGGUUGACAGUAGUGAGAACUCAACGGCUGUCUCUGACGUGGAUAUGAAAAUAUUGCUUCCUGAUAAGAAUGUGCUCACCAUCACUAUACGUAGGAACAGUACAGCUGAGCAUGUGUAUAAUAUUAUCACGCAUAAAUUAGGGCUCACAGCUGAGACUGCAAAAUACUUUGCUCUGUUCGAAAUUAUAGACUAUAACUUUGAGAGAAAGCUACAGCCGGGCGAGUUUCCACACAACUUGUACAUACAGAACUACAGUACUGCUACGUCUACUUGUAUUGCCUUGCGCAAAUGGCUCUUCUCCCUCAACAAGGAGACUCAGGUCACUGAUGAGAAAGCUGCAAACUUCUUCUUCUGGCAGGUAAUGCUGCUAGUAGUGUUUCCAUGA